UCUAUGAGAAAUAAAUAGAAAACUUACUCUAGAUUUGUGGUUAUGUUUUUUUACACGAAAAAAAUCUAAUAAAAAAUUUAAAAAACAGAUAUCUAUAAAAAUCAGAUCUGAACAGCAUCAUUUAACAUCUAAAUGUAGCUCCUUCAAUGACGAAAUUCAAUAUGCAGACCUACAAGAGCUUAGCUACAGUUUUAGGACUCUCACUUUGUGGAAUUUCCCUAUACAUUAUACGAAAAUAUUGGCCCAAGGAUGAGGAAGAUACAUUAAUGAAAACGGCUAAUUUCACAACUGUGGAGUUCCAAAUUCCAAGACAAGUGAUCAAUAAUGUUAUAGGUAAAAAUGGAUCUAACAUCAAGCAAGUUGAAUUUACAUCAGGAACUAGGAUAAGUUUCAGACAAAGUGGAGGUGAAAAAAUUUGUGUUAUCAGAGGAACAGUUGAGGCCUGCUAUUUUGCGAAAAGCAUCAUCAAGGAAUUUAUAGAAAAUCAACCUGCAAUUGAAACAGAAAUUAUAUACAUUCCUAGAGGAGUUACUUCGAAAAUUAUUGGACGUCAUGGGGAUAACAUUAACGAAAUAAAAAAUAUUUCAGGUGCAAAAAUCACUAUCAGCCAAGACUCAGGUGACAACUCAGUUUCAAAGGUGAUACUACAAGGUACAUUGCAAGAGAUAUGUUCUGCCAAGGGUCUCAUACAGGAAAAGAUACAACAAUUGAUGGAUCUACAAAAAGUAUUAGAUAUGACCUUAGCGAAACGUGAGCCUAGGGCACCUCCAAAAUCUGCAUCAAACAAAAGUACAGGUACUUCAGAGUAUGGCACAGGAAGGAGAGAAAGCUUAUCUGAUGUCGUAGAUACUCCAUUUCAAGUUUAUGUUUCUGCGUUAGUUGAUCCUUCAAAAUUUUGGGUACAAAUAGUUGGCCCCAAAGCAACAGAAUUGGAUCGGCUUGUUGAAGAUAUGACUGAAUUUUACAACGAUUAUGAGAACAAGUCUUUGCAUUUCUUGAAUACAAUUAAAAAAGGCAACUUAGUUGCUGCUAUUUUUAAAUAUGAUAAGAAAUGGUACAGGGCUGAAGUUGUGAGUGUCAAUAAUGUCAAGAAAGAAGCUGAAUUACAUUAUGUCGAUUAUGGAGAUACUGAUUUUGUGUCAUUCGGAAAUAUCAUGGAAUUGAGGACAGAUUUUUUGAGGUUGCAUUUUCAGGCUAUUGAGUGUUAUUUAGAUGGUGUUGAACCUGUUGGAGACAAGUGGAGUGAAGAAGCUGUGGAUAACUUUGAAGAAUGGACCCAUGUGGCCCAGUGGGAGAAACUUGGAGCUAAAAUAAAGAACUACUCUAAUGGAAAAAGACAAUUAGAGGAUCGUGAGGGUUCCCCUGUCCCUGGUAUUGAAUUGUUUGAAUCUGUAGAUGGUAGGGAUAUUAGUAUUGGACAGAAAUUGCUUGAUAACAAUUAUGCAAAACGAAGAACACAUCCCCCAUCAAGGUCGACAUACAAAGAAUCUAAUGUUAGUGAAAACCCAUGUUAACAUUAUUAUUAAAUAAAUUCUAGUUACGUUUUAAAA